AUGCCAAUACUGAGCAGCGACGAACCCCGAGUUGUCCUGCAAGAUACUCAUCCACAUCCGGAUCCCUUCGCUUCUCCUGGUCGCCGUCUCACGCCUCGUCCAACGUUCCUGGAAAAUGUCGUCAAUCCCUCACCUUCACCCACGCCGCGGCGAAGGAAUUCCAGCGAACUAGUGCGCUAUUUUCACGGUCCUCGUGAUUUGGAUAAGCACUCGAAAUGGCCCAUCUUCUUCCGAAUGCAUGGCAGCGUGCUGCCCAAGCUCAUUGUCCCCCUGGUUUUUGUCGCCCUUUGGUCUACCGUCGUCACGGUGGUUUGCAAAUAUGUAUACAAUCUCGGCAUCGACAACAUCCUCCUUACCGUGACCGGACUCGUCGUUGGUUUGUCGCUAUCAUUCCAAAGCUCCACGGGCUAUGAAAGAUGGGCGGAUGGUCGAAAAUACUGGGCCCUGCUCCAACAGUCGUCUCGCAACCUGGCCCGUACCAUCUGGAUCAGCAUUUCCGAACGAGAGGGCGAUUUAGAAAAAGAAGACCUGCUGGAAAAACUGACCGCACUGAAUCUGAUUCUAGCAUUUGCCAUUGCCCUCAAACACAAGCUGCGUUUUGAGCCAGAUGUCGGCUACGAUGACCUCGCUGGUCUAGUGGGUCAUCUCGAUACAUUUGCCAAAGAAGCCCACGACAACACGCGCCUGGCUCCUCCGAGAAAGUCAACCUGGAAAUCCAUUGGAGAAUAUCUGUCACUGUCUGUUGCCGAGUCGAAUCCUCGGAAGCUCAUCAAGCGGGCAAAGAAGCCCUUGGGCCACCUGCCGCUGGAGAUUCUGAACCAUCUGUCAGUCUACAUCAACCAGUGUAUUGGCAACAAUACCCUCGGUGUCAAUGUGUACCAAACACAAGCUAUAAACUGCUUGUCCUCUCUGACCGAAGUCAUGACUGGUACUGAACGUGUUCUGGAUACCCCUCUGCCGGCAGCUUAUACCAUCUCAAUCGCCCAAAUUACCUGGAUUUAUGUUCUUGUUCUCCCCUUUCAGCUCUACGCGACUCUCUCCUGGGUAUCUAUUCCGGGAUCAAUUGCUGCUGCAUAUGUUAUCCUCGGUAUCGCCGCGAUCGGUCGUGAGAUCGAAAACCCUUUUGGUGACGACGUCAACGAUCUGCCCCUCGAUACCUAUUGCCGCAACAUCGCCCAAGAGCUGGAUAUCAUCACCGCAUCGCCACCGCCUAAAGUCGAAGACUUCACUACCCACGAGGACAACCUACCGCUCUAUCCACUCAGUACGGAUGGGUACCCUGGAUGGAAGGACAGGAGCGUCCAAGAGAUCCGAGCGGCGCUCAGAGCAAAGGUUAUCGCCAACACAUCGCCUCUGGGUGGCCCUAGCCGGAGCAAUUUAACUUUUAAUACAGAUCCAAGCAUGAGUAGCAAGCAGUCUCUGUUUGGCUACGCGUGA